AGAAUCAAAUGUUGCGCUGUCGCGUCUGCUUUCAAUGACUGACACUUUCACUACAACACCACGCCAUCCACCAUGUCGUCGCUCCGGAGGCGCAUUUUUGGCACUGGCGGUGGUGAUGCCACGCCGCCUGCAUCACGGGACAGCAGUCCUGCACCAGCGCCGCAUGAAGCGUUGAAGAGACCCGGCGCAUACCGCGUGCUGACGACGGAGAAAUUCGACGAGCUGAAACAAGCAGCAGUGAAGAGCGGGAAAGGCAAGAAGAGGAGACACGCGUGGGUGUUUGUGCUGGGUCUGCUCGGUGGGCUGUUCGCAGCGGGCUUCUUCGCAAGUAGAGAUGGCGCUUUGGAGCAACUGGCUGCGAUGGCAGGGCUGGAGGACAUGAAUUUGGACAGCCUGAUAGACGUGCUGCCCACAGGCUUGAUUCGCGAUGUUCAGGACUUACAGUCUCGAGAAAAACAAGCUGUCGAUUACGACUCUUUCGCUGUCGGUCUCCAUGCUCGUAAUGAGGGAAUCAAGGCCAAAUAUCCUGUCAUCAUGAUACCCGGUGUGAUAUCUACAGGCAUCGAAAGUUGGGGCACUGAAGAUUGGUCUAGGCAGUAUUUCAGAAAGAGGUUAUGGGGCUCAUGGAGCAUGAUGAGAGCUCUCGUACUGGAUAAGCCAGGCUGGAAGAAACACAUCAUGCUCGAUAAGAAGACUGGGCUGGAUCCACCGGGCGUGAAGCUGCGGGCUUCGCAGGGCUUCGAUGCUGCCGACUUCUUCAUUACUGGCUACUGGAUAUGGAACAAGAUUCUGGAGAACCUCGCGACGAUAGGUUACGAUCCGACCAAUGCCUUCACUGCAGCAUACGAUUGGCGUAUGAGCUACAUGAAUUAUGAGAUCCGAGAUCAGUACUUCACGCGACUGAAGAACCACAUCGAGAUUGCAAAGCACCUGUCGGGCGAGAAGUCUGUCUUACUCUCUCACUCCAUGGGAUCUCAAGUACUAUUCUACUUUCUCAGAUGGGUCGAGGCGGAAGGCUAUGGCAACGGAGGACCUUCUUGGGUAAAUGACCAUAUCGAAUCGUGGAUCAACAUCUCCGGCUGUAUGCUCGGCGCACUCAAAGACGUGCCCGCUGUGCUCAGUGGCGAGAUGCGAGACACAGUCCAGCUGAACGCUCUGGCUGUCUAUGGCCUUGAAAAGUUCCUCUCUCGUGCCGAACGAGCUGAGAUCUUCCGCGCAAUGCCUGGCAUCUCUUCCAUGCUACCCAUAGGAGGCACAGCAGUCUGGGGUGAUGAGAAUGGGGCCCCUGAUGACACUACUAACCAGACCACCACAUUUGGCAAAUUCCUGAACUUCAAGAAAGUGAAUAAUACACAAACUCCAGGCAACAUGUCUGUGGAUGGCGCCAUUGACUACCUGAUCAAGAACACGGAACAGUGGUAUGUCGAUCAGAUUCAAAGCAGCUACAGCCGUGGUGUAGCACACAGCAAAAAGGUAGUCGAGGACAAUCUUAUGAUUCCUGCCAAGUGGAUGAACCCACUCGAGACCAGACUACCCAUUGCACCAGAUAUGAAGAUUUUCUGCUUCUACGGCAUUGGAAAGCCAACCGAGCGAGCAUACUACUAUCGAGAAGAAAUGGACGCCAAGAACGACACUGCUAUCAUGAUCGACUCCACCAUCUCCACCCCGGACGGCCAAAUCGACCACGGCGUAGUCCUCGGCGAAGGCGACGGCACCGUCAACCUCCUCAGCACCGGCUACAUGUGCAACAAAGGCUGGAAAAUCAAACGUUACAACCCCGCCAACAUUCCCAUCGUCGCCUACGAAAUGCCUCACGAACCCGACCGCUUCAACCCUCGCGGUGGGCCCAAUACUGCCGAUCACGUCGACAUUCUCGGUCGUUCCUCUCUCAAUGACUUGAUUCUUCGCGUCGCAGGCGGAAAGGGACAUUUGAUACACGAUAAUAUUGUCUCCAAUAUUCGAGAAUAUGCUGCCAAAGUCAAAAUUUUCCCGGACGAAGAAGACGAUGAAGAAGGUAAUGAGGGACGAGUUGGUGAUGUCAAAGGUUGGGAAGGAGGUGAUGGUGAGGACGACGCCGCGGCGUUCCUCCAUCCCGAAGACGCGAAAAAAAUUCCUACGAAUGAACAAGAUUUGGCGAAUGCAGAAGAUGUGACUCGACGGGAAAUGGAAGGGGGGACGGGCGCGGGGAAAAAUUCUGAUGGGGAGGCGAGUGGGAAAGAGAAAACUGGGGGGAAGAGUACGGAGACUACGGAGGAGGAGGAGGGGAAGGAUGAGGAGGAGAAGGAUGAAUUGUAGAAUAGAUCGGGCGUUCUUGGUCGGUGUGGUUCUUGAUGGCGUUGUGGCUGGUGUGAGGGAGGGAAUUGGGAUGUUAGGUAAGGUACCUACCUUAGGGGCUGUUCAAUAGCCUCCGGCCCCAACAUACAGCGUUAUAUAUAUUAUCUGAAAUGCUCUAAUGAACGC